CUCACUUCAGACCUGGCUGCCUAUAGUUCUCUGUCUUACCCCAGCUAGGACACGCUUUCAUUUCAUUGCCCAGCUUCCAGCUUCCAGCCACCUCCUGAUCUCUACUAAUGGAUCCUCAGGGCUUGAGGGAAGAUCUGCGUCUGUUUCAGACCACGCUGCUGCAGGACGGACUUAAAGAGCUUCUAAAUGAGAACAAGUUGAUCGACUGUGUCCUGAAGGUUGGGGACAGGAGCAUCCCCUGCCACCGCCUCAUUCUGUCAGCAUGUAGUCCUUAUUUCAGGGAGCUUUUCUUCUCGGCAGAUGGCAAGGAAGUGGACAAAAAGGAGGUCAUUCUGGAGAACCUGGAUCCCGGCGUUCUGGAGGCGAUUAUAAACUACAUGUACUCAGCAGAGAUCGACAUCAAUGACGACAAUGUGCAGGACAUUUUGGCUGUUUCAAAUCGCUUUCAGAUCCCGUCAGUGUUCACAGCUUGUGUGAAUUAUCUUCAGAAGAGGCUGUCAAAGACAAACUGCCUUGCUUUCUACAGGCUGGGCCUGAUGCUGAAUUCUGUCAGGUUGGCGGUGGCGGCUCGAGAUUGCAUCGCAGAUCGCUUUGAGACCAUAGCCAAGGAAGAGGAUUUCUUAGAGCUCGCUCCACCUGAACUCUUUGCCAUUAUUGGAGCUGAUGCACUGAACGUAGAAAAGGAGGAGGUGGUGUUUGAGUCCCUAAUGAGGUGGAUUAGGAAAGACAAAGAGAAGCGUGCAAAAUCCUUGGAGGAGGCCUUUGAGUGCAUUCGCUUCCGUUUGCUCCCGGAGAGUUACUUCAAGGAGAAGGUGGAGAAGGAUGAGCUGAUAAAGGCAGAUCCAGAGCUUCUCAAAAAAAUCAAAGCAAUAAAGGAGGCGUUCGCGGGGAAGCUGCCUGAGAAGAAGAAGGGGAAAGACGAUGAGGAAGGAGAAGAGGGGAAGCUGCCUGGCUAUCUGAAUGAUAACCGCAGGUAUGGUAUGUACGCAAGAGACAUGGUGCUGAUGAUCAGUGACACAGCCGCUGUGGCUUACGACGCCCAGGAGAACGAAUGUUUCCUUGCUGCCAUGUCAGAGCAGAUCCCCCGAAAUCACGUCAGCCUGGUGUCAAAGAAGAACAAUCUGUAUGUGCUGGGGGGGCUGUUUGUAGAUGAAGAGGACAAAGAAAACCCUCUGCAGUGUUACCUCUACCAGUUGGACAGUCUGGCUGCUGAGUGGAGGGCUCUGCCCCCCAUGCCCUCCCCCCGCUGUUUGUUUGCAACAGGGGAAGUUGAAAACCUCAUCUUUGCCAUUGCAGGAAAAGACUUACAGUCCAACGAGUCUCAUGAUACAGUUUUGUGCUAUGACACAGAAAAAAUGAAGUGGUCCGAAACAAAAAAGUUGCCCUUGAAAAUCCACGGACACAGUGUGGUCUCUGAGAACGGGCUGGUGUACUGUAUUGGAGGAAAAACAGACGACAAUAAAUCUACCAAUAAGACUUUUGCAUACAACCACAAGAGGUCAGAGUGGAAGGAAGUGGCUUCUAUGAAGACCCCUAGAUCCAUGUUUGGUGCAGUUCUCCACAAUGGAAAGAUUAUCGUGGCAGGGGGAGUCAAUGAAGAAGGCCUCGCAGCUACAUGUGAAGCCUACGACUUUGGAACCAACAAGUGGUCACCGUUCACAGAGUUUCCUCAGGAGAGGAGUUCAGUGAACCUGGUGAGCUGUGGGGGCUCGCUGUACGCUGUGGGAGGGUUUGCCAUGGUGGAAAACGAGAACAAAGAGUGUGCACCCAGUGAAAUCAUCGACAUUUGGCAGUAUGAAGAAGACACGAAGCAGUGGACAGGCAUGAUCCGAGAGAUACGUUAUGCAGCUGGAGCCUCCUGUGUGUCCAUGAGGCUGAACGCAGCCAAAAUGCCCAAACUGUAAUACCAGCCCACAGACUUUCACUUUACUGCUGUAGGAUAGACAACUGUGUACAUGCCUGUAUUUACUGGCUCACACUUUAACAUGCUCCCCUUGCUUUGUCCGAGUGUUUCAAUAAAUCAUUGUUCUAGUUGAAAUUA